UAUUUGAGAAGACAAGGCAGCUGUCAUCUGAAAGAAUAGUCUUGUUAAGCAGAAGUACUGGUUUUUUUUUUCCAGUAAUAUAGUUAAUACUGAAAAUUACUGAUGAGCUUACGUCACACAGCAAGGACUAGUAGUUGUCAUAUAAUGCCUUAUAACCAUGGAAGUGGCCUAAAAAUGCAGUGUAAAACUUUUAAAUACAUAUUUGUAGGUAAUCAUGUCUACAUUCACAGCUACUGUGAAUCUCUCAAAUUAUUUUCAUUGUUAGAAUUCUGUUAAAUAAUGAUUCUGUAUACUUUCUUUUAUUUUUUUAUGAGAUAAGGAGACAAAGCAUGUUGAACCCGUAAGGCUGCUUGAGUAACUCCCAUUAAAAGUCUUGGGAAAGAACAGUGGAACACAUCCCUGCAGAGUUUUGGACCUCUGCCUGUAGAGCUGCCCAGUCAUUCCUUUUACCAGUUGGCAGUACUGUUCACUUGAGCUUCUGGUAUUUAUAGCUGCUGCUUUCUAAGGUCUGUUGGAUUUCUUGGAUUUAAGGCUGUUCUUUGCAAUGAAGCAUGGAAAAGGAGUUUCAGCAGUUUCAGGUUGGAGCUUGCUGACUUGAAGACUUCUCUGCUCUGAUGUUCCUUUGUACUCUUUUUGGCUGGUGAGGAGUAAUUGUUUGGCAGCUAACUCCUGCUUCCUUCCCUCCUUCUUGUAAUUACUCUUCAAAGUUGAUUGCCUUCUGUUGCCGUGUUCAAACAGAAGUAAAUUAACUUUAAAAGCUAUGUCCUGAGAAGAGCCUUUGCAUUGCAUUCCAGAUCUCAAGGCUUUUUUAAUUAAAAAAAUGCAUGAAGACAUCUCUUCUUCCUUUCCUUUCCUUAGGGCAUGUGUUUCUGUGGCAAGUGAUUGUUGUGUUUUUUUUAUUGUUGCUGUUUAUAUGUGACUAGAUAAUAUGAUUAAUUUCUAACCAUGGUGUGUGAAUAUUUUGUUUAUACCUUUUCUAGCAUUUAUUUGUAAUUUUUCUAGCAUUUCGGCAUUUUAACAGAACAUGUUGAGUCUUUCUAGAAGAUUACUGGAUAGAUUUCUGAACUGCAGGGUAAAAAUCAGGAAUCAAAAGAACAGGAAAGGUUAAAUAUUUAGUUUUCUUGGCUAAAAGGGCCGUGUAGCCGGAAGUUUUAAUUUAACUGCAAUUUAAAAAUGCAGUCUUUUUCAGUACUAUGCCUCCAGUAACCGUGUUUCUGAUGUUACAGGAAAUGUAAUUUCUACGUAAGGAAUUUUAUUGAAUAUCUUUUAACUCAGUCACUGAUACCUCACCAUGUUUGCUUCACUGCUUAAGUAAGAAGCAGCUGUUCCUGAUAUUCUGAAAGUUUUAACUGACUCCAUAAAUACAUUCCAGAUUCUACUCAAUGUAAUGAGUAACAUUUUUGAGUUUUAUGUGGGUGUGUUUUUCACUGAAAAAUUUUGGUGUUUGGUUUGCUUUGGUAUUUUAAUUCCUUAAUUAGCUUUUGCUGUGUUACCUGUAUUGUUAAUUUUAAAAUGCUUAAAAGCUAACUGAAUGAAAUGUACCUGUGUAUCUGUAAAAACGAUGCUACACAAAACCAGUAAAGAAGAAUCCUGAGUAUAUCACAAUUAUGAGAGCUGAAAAAGUACAUUUAGACUAAAGGAACAUUAGAAUGGACUCCUCAUAAUAGAAGUUCUCUUCAGGGAAAGUAUGGGGAUUUUGAUUACUCCAAGUUUAUUAGCGUAGGAUGGGAGCAGCAUGUUGAUUUGAAACUAAGCAGGGAAGCAUAGGUGGGAACAUUACUUAAAUUGUUCCUUCCCAGUCCAUGAACAGAAACAAGGUAGGCUUAAAUUUUGCAUGAGGCUAGAUUAUUUUCUUUUGCAAGUGAGAUUUUCACACAACUUCUGCUCUUAUUUUCAGACAAAUGAAUCAAAUUUGAUCUUGAUAGGAUUUCCUGUGGGUGUCUAAUUGCAGAAGUUUGAAGAAAAUAUUCCCUUGCUUGUUGCAUGUUUGCUCCUCAGCCUUUGGCUUCCUAAGCCUUGGAAUAGCAGCAAGUAGCAGCUUUAAGUCAAUCUCAUUUGUGAAACUUUGAGCUUUUGGAUAUGCUUUGUGGUCACCUAAAAUUAAAUUCACAUAUCUGUGACAUACCUACUUGACCCUUGCAUACCAACUUUACUUACUUUGAGUUUCAUUACCUUUAACCAUUUCAAAGGUAUGCUGAUUUUUUUUUUUUUGUGUGAGCUGUAUUGGCUGAAGAAUCACGAGCUACUGCUUAGGGCAUAGGGAAGGCCAACAUAGGCAUAGAUUUUGAAACAAAUGUGACCUGUUUUGUGAGUUAGCUGUGUCACUGAGAUGGUAUGCAUUAUGCUGAAAACAAAGAAAUUAAAAGAAUUAAGCCUUCUCUGUGUUCUGGUACAUACUUGCUGUGAUAUUGGCCUCAUCUUUCUAUGUUAGAGACGGUAAUGGCUUGUGACAGACAGUUGUGUCUGUAAAGGCACCAAACUCUAUAUUUGGGACAGUUGUGAGGGAAGGAAGGUCACAGAAUCACCAGGUCGGAAAGGACCCACUGGAUCAUGAGUCCAACCAUUCCUAACACUCCCUAAACCAUGUCCCUCAGCACUUCAUCCACCCAUUCCUUAAACACCUCCAGGGAAGGCGACAAAUAGUCUGUUUACAAAAGAAAUAGAAAAAUAAAUACCAUAAAAUUCAGAGUAUUGGUUAUUCUUAGGAUGCUUUACAAGAAUCUUAUGCUAUGUUCAUUAAAUGCUAGUAUACUAUUUCCUUUAUUAGAAAGACAUAAGAAAUGUGAGUUUGAUUGCGAAUAAGUUUAUAGGGAUUUUUUGUGGGAGAGGAUUGCUGUUGACCUAUAAAGACAGCUGUUGAACAGCCAGGAUGCAGUUCUUUGAAUCUAGCACAAGCAGUCUUUGCAUCUGGAAAAGGGGAGUAUUGCAGUACCCUCAGCUGGUCAAGUGUGGUUGGUGGUUGUGCCUUGCUGAGGUUAUAGCUGUUAAACCCAUUUUUAAAAGCUUUGUUUACUAGAUUGUUAAUAAAAAAAUACACAACUGAAUAUGGGAGAAGUUGCUGUGGAUGUGCUAAUGGAUGUUUUACGUUGAUGUGAAAAUAAUUUUCAUUUUCAACCAUCAACUCUAAAGCAGUGUAUCUUAGCCAAGAAUAAAACUUAUUAAUUGAAAUAAGAAACAUUAGAAUAUACUCAUUUUUACGAAUAAGAAAUAAGUCUGUCCAUUCUGGUAGCUCGGAAUUCUGGAGUUCUGGAACUGAUGAAUUUUUCAAAGGUGAUUUGAGCUGCUGCUUGAUUGUGGAAAACCUUUUCUUGCAGGAAGUUAUUGAGAUGCUUGAAAAUUUAAUCAGUGGGAGAGAGGUCUGGUGAGUAAGGAGGAUAGCAUUGUGAUUAAAAUGGAAGUUGACAUAAGUGGAGAAUCUAGAACUACUCUGUCUGCUCUCCCUGUGGCUCUUGCAGAGGUGACUCCUGCCAGUAGGAUGGAAGCAGAGAAGCCCCGGUGUUCCAGUACCCCCUGCUCACCAAUGCGACGGACAGUUGCAGGAUAUCAAAUCCUUCAUAUGGAUUCUAACUACCUGGUUGGCUUCACAACUGGAGAGGAGCUGCUAAAAUUAGCCCAGAAGUGUUCAGGGAGUGAAGAGAAUAAAGGGGAGCCGAAUUUGCGCUCUAAACAGCUUGAUCCAGGAAUUAAACGUUCCUCCCGUUUGUACAAAACUAGAAGUAGGUACUAUCAGCCAUAUGAGAUCCCAGCAGUAAAUGGAAGGAGGAGGAGGCGGAUGCCAAGCUCAGGGGAUAAAUGCACUAAGGCUUUACCUUAUGAACCUUACAAAGCACUUCACAGUCCCCUGCCUCUCUGCCUUUUAAAAGGUAAAAGGGCUCACUCCAAAUCCCUGGACUACCUCAAUUUAGACAAAAUGAGCAUUAAGGAACCUGCUGACACAGAAGUGCUACAAUACCAACUCCAACAUCUUACUCUUAGAGGGGACCGUAUGUUUGCAAGAAAUAACACAUGAGCUAUCAGCUUGAAUUCAGAACCAAUUUCUGAUAAUUUCUCUGUUGCUGCGAAAAUCCACUGCUGUACUGUGUACAUGACUGUCUACAUUGCAGGUGGUUGUUAUCUAAACGUUACCUGAAUGUAAUUUAUUUGACUAGAAUCUUGGCAAUGCAAUGUGUUACAAAUACUCAGAGGGAGAAAUCUUUCCUGAGCCAGCAGCUUAUGAUGCAAAUUUGACUGCAACUGGUGGAUAUUUCUUUGAAUG